AUGGAGGAGCUUCUGGAGCGGGAGAUUGAGGAUCUCAAACAGCAGCAGCAGCAGCUUGAGCGGGAGCUGCUGGCCAUGGAUGAGUUAAGCAGCUGCACACAGAGUGGCAGUUUUGUGCUUGCCAGCGUGCCUCAGACAACCCCGGCGGGCGCUGCUGCGGGUGGUGAGGACGACGGCGCAGCUGGCGAGGGUCUGCCGCUGGGCGAGCGGAUGGCGCAGCUGGAGGAGAUGCGGCGGCGUUACCAGCGGGAGUCGAGUAGGGCGCUGCAGCGCUAUUUUGACGUGGUGAGCGGCUACCCGCAAUAUCAGGCGAAGCGCGAGCGGCUGCUCAGCAGUGCUCGCCCCUUUUCCUUUGAGUCGCGGGAGCUGCAGAAGCAGCAGCGGAUACGAACACGCCGGAGGGAGGCGGAGCGAUGGCAGCGGGAGCAGGCGCUGCAGCAGACGCUGAACCACCGCUUCAGGGCAAGUCCUGUGCCACCCUCUACGUACAUGAACAAGUACGAUCUCAUGGUGGAGGAGUGGCGCCAGCGGCGUGCCGCGGUGGAGGCUCUGGCUGUUGAAAAGGCCGAGCGGAUGCGGGCAGAGACGGAGUUGGUGCGCCUCUCUGCGGAGAGCAUGCGCCAAGUUCGUGAGAUUAUGGGCGUGCGGCAGCACGAGACGAGGGCGAGGAGCGCGGGGUUGGAGGCGCGGGACCGUCGGCGUGUGGAGGAGCUGCGCGAGAUCCCGCUGGAGGUGAAGAUGAAGCUGUGGCCUGCGCUGGAGGAGCACGAGCAGGUGCGGGUUGAGCGCAUCAAGCAGCGUGCGGCCGCGCGGCUGACUCUGCUGAAGGAGGAGGAGGAGGCCCGGCGCGCUGCCAUGGUCGAAGUCACCGCCCACGCGCAACAGCAGCCGCCGCAGCCACCGGUGGUGCCCGUGGCUGGACCCGUCGGGGCAACCGCCGCGUCUCCGGCCGCGCCGCAGAUGAUCAUGGUGGGCAAUGCCCCAGCAGCGACAACAGGAGGAGGAGGUGUGACGACCACGCAGACAUCCGUGCCAACGCCGGUGGCUGCAACAGGAGCGGCGAUUGCUGAGAAAGGCGCGGCGUCUGCCGCGCAACAGUCACUGAAGCGACGUGAAAAAGGCAGUGACCCGACGAAGUACAAUCGCAACUUGACAUUCAAGCCGAAAGUGCGUGGCGGCGUGCCCGACUUCAACACCAUGUGGGCCGAGGAUCGCCUGACGAUGGCGGAACGAAAGCGGAAGUUGCAGCUGACAGAAGUGCAGCCCUUUAAUCUGACGCGCUCCUCGAAGGAAGACGCCGUCAGGGGGCGUUCGGCGUUGCCAGCGAGGCGGGUUAUGUCAGCCACACGCCGAGGGCAGAGGUGCAGGUCCACCACGAGUGAGGUGAAACCCACGCGGCCGACGUCGCGGGCAUCGCGAGAGGUGAAGAGGAUUGUCCCCAAGGGGACUCGCGCCCAUGCGGUACGCACGCAGGCGGUGUUUAGCAAGUACCUUGGCGCAGCCGAGGCAAAUGCGGCCUGCGAGAGCGCCCGGGAUGAGCUCACGGCCCUACACGAAGCCUGGGAGCGACAAAAAGUUGUGAACACACGGUUGAAGGAGUACCUGAAGGGGACUUCCGUGAACACGGACGCCAUCAUUAAGGAGAAGGUGCGAGCACUGCGACGACGAGACCGUGAAAUGGAGCGAGAGGCCAUAGAACGACUUGGAGAAAUGCAAAGACGUGUCGCCCAGAUACCACCCAUUUUUGUAGAACCCACGCAUUUGAACGAGCUCGCGAAGGCCCGUGUGGAGACGGAAAAGGAGAUCAUGCAGAUGCUAAAGGGGACAGGCGUGGACGUUGGGACUCUCACGGCCAUACUGAGUGGCGACGGUAAAGAGGCCGUGGACGGCGGCGGGGCGACGACUAUAGAGACAACUAAUAGUCCUACUGUUGCAGGGGGCGCGACGGCGGUGGGGCCAAAAAAUGAAGAGGCGUCGAAGGCGGGCGGGACCUCCACGUCGCAGGAGCCAGCGACACGGAAAAGUAGAAUCUCUGGUAGCGACACUCGUAGUGACACUGACACUAGCAGCAGCAGCAGCAGCAGCAGCAGCAGCAGCAGCAGCAGCAAGGCUGCGGUCCGUAAAGGGAAGGCUGGCUACGAGGAUGAUUUUGAGGUCAGUUCGGGCUCUUCGACGGCAUCGGUAUAA